AUGCAACAAUUUUUUGCUACACCAAAAUAUGAUAAAAAAUCUAUCUACAAAAAUCCAAAAACACAAUAUUAUUAUUUUACAAACACGUUUGGAUACUAUCAUAUGAUCAAAGCAGGAAAUCCAUUAUAUCCAAAAAAAAACCUAUGUACAGAAGCCAUAGAAAUUAGAGAAUAUCUUACUACACCUAUUCCUAUACAAUCUUAUGUUUUUUACCUAUUUUGUAAUUCAAAUCAAGUAUCAUCAGUUCAAGAAACAAUAUCCAUGUCAUCUAUCAUGAUUGUUGUAGAUAAAAUGAUCUCUAAAAAUGCAGUAGCACAAAAAAAAUCACUUGCUAUAAAAAAAGAAAAUGCCAAAAAAUUGGUUGAAUUGGAAGCAAUCUACGAAGCAACCAAAGAAUCAAAAAAAAUUAGUAUUUUAAAAUAUAAUGCAGCCUAUCAAGCAAAAUCAAAUGCAAAAAAAUUGAAAAAACUUUAUAAAAAUCAGAAAGUUGUAGUAUAUAAUAGUCUUGGUCAACCACCUCUUCUUUUUGAUUAUCCAGGUCUUUAUAAGCAUAUACAUGAUUGUAUUGAGUUUGAAAAGGCACAUAGCAAACAAAGGCAUGAAAUUAUUAAAGCAAGAAUGAUUAGCCAUCUUCGUUCAGCACUAGAAAUAAAAUAUAAUGAAUAUCUUUUAAGGACUACGCUUAAUAAUUAUCUUUUGCCCCGAAACUCCUCAAGUAUUGUCGCAAGAGCACACCACCAUCCUGCCUUAGUAGCUAUUACAAAUGUUUCUAAAUCAGAAAAAAAAGAACACACUGAUGAGCACUAUUGCCUCGCUUCAGUUAAAGGUGUUAGACAAUUCGCUGCAAUGUUUCUUCAUCAUUCUGUUGUCAUUUCACAAGAUGACAAAGUGAAGGUUCUACUUGGAAUCCUAGCUGUUGGCAAAACCUUUCAAACAAUGCAAACUAUUCAUAAAACUGUUAUCCUUGCUGAUCAUGAUUUUCCUAUAGGAGCUUAUCAAAAACUUAUUCCCUUUGUAUAUCUUGCUAUUGACCCUUUAGAUUCUAAUGAUACACUUCGCAAAAGUCAGUUGGGUAUUUUUGUUUGUCCCCAAUAUAACAUUGGCACAAGUUUUAAUACACAUAUGGCAAAUCUAAUUAAACUUACCAACCAAGAAUCCUUUACUAAUAUUUUUAAAAAUAAUAAUCAGCCUAUAACACCUGUUAAACAGGCCAUGUGCAUACUCUCUGGAAAGCUUGCAGGUAUAACUUUACUAAUAGAUAUCUUUGGUUCUCAUUUGGAUAGUCAGGAUAAAAAUGUUAUGACCCAGUAUGUUGAAGAUAACCUUCCAUCAUUUCAAAUAGAAGACAAUGAAAAAGAUCUUAAUAUUCGAAAAUGUGAUGAUCUGACUUGUUGUCAUCCUAAAAGACAUAAAGAAUCUGCUGCUUUUCUUGCAGAAAAUAAUAAGUUUCUUCCACCAGUUUUAAAAAGUUGGAAUGGACAUUACCUUAAUUCAGUUCAUAUCUUACAGUAUGCCGAUAUAUUAAAAUUACCAGCUUAUGAUGCCCAUUGUCUAUCUAUUUCAUCUGAAAUGCAUCAUCGUUUCUGCUGCACUUUUUGUGGAAAAUAUUUUCCUAUGCUCAAAAUAGUCACAACUCAUAAAAAAUCUAAACAUAUGAAACAAAAAAAACAUAAACACACUACUCUUUCAAACUCACUUGAUGAUUUUAGCUUGAAUUUGACUUCAACUACACCAGAACUAACAAUCAUGACUGUGUUUUAG